AUGCUGGUGAGAGGCAGGGACCAGGGGCCCGGCUCCCGGCUCAGGCCUCUCUUUAGGCGCUGAGUCCCCAGGCCCUCUCCUUUGCAGAGUCCCGCUGCCUCCCUCGAUGCAGAGCCUUCAAGCGACCCAGUCCCCGACGGCUUCCCCUCGGGCCCCAGUGUCUCCCCAAGACGCCUGGAGAGGCCGCCGGGGCUGGAGGAGGCGCUGAGCGCGCUGGGGCUGCAGGGAGAACGCGAGUACGCCGGGGACAUCUUCGCCGAAGCCAUGGUGUGCCGCAUGCUGCCCCGGAGAGCCCUGCCCCGCGCUGUGACCCCGGAGAUGCGCGCCCUGGUGGUAGACUGGCUGGUCCAGGUGCACGAGUACCUGGGUUUGGCUGGUGACACACUUUACCUGGCGGUGCACCUGCUUGAUUCCUACCUGAGUGCUGGCCGCGUGCGCCUACAUCGCCUGCAGCUGCUGGGCGUGGCCUGCCUGUUUGUGGCGUGCAAAAUGGAAGAGUGCGUGCUUCCCGAGCCCGCCUUCCUCUGCCUCCUGAGCGCCGACUCCUUCUCGCAGGCGGAGCUGCUGCGAGCCGAGCGCCGCAUCCUGAGCCGCCUGGAUUUCCGGCUGCACCACCCGGGUCCGCUGCUGUGCCUCGGGCUGCUGGCCGCGCUGGCAGGGAGCAGCCCCCAGGUGAUGCUACUUGCCACCUACUUCCUGGAGCUGUCUUUGCUGGAGGCCGAGGCGGCGGGAUGGGAGCCAGGUCGUCGCGCGGCUGCGGCUCUGAGCCUGGCGCACCGCUUGCUAGACGGCGCGGGCUCCAGGCUCCAGCUGGAACUUUACAGGUGUAGUCUUGGCGUAUGGGAUCACAGCAGCUUCAGGGACUUCCCUUCCUGGUGA